AUAAUCCAUUCAUGAUCCGAAUUGAGGUUAUGAUUAUUUUUUUAAAAACAUUUAAAUAUGAAUUAGCUUAUUCUUCUUUAAUAACUACCUUUAAACAAUAUUAAUAAUAAAAUUUAUACAUAAUGGCUUUUAAAAGAAUAUCGAAUUGGAUGAUUACUGAUACUGGUAGAGCGUUCUCGUAUUAUUUGGCCGGUGGAAUUUCAGCAGCAACUAUCUUGGCUCAUUACCUACCCAACACUUUGUUUUUAGACAAAUACCAAGAAGUAAUACAAUUGUAUAAAAAUGGGUUUUCAGUUCCAGUUUCCCGAGAAUUAGAAAAUCGUUUCCAGAAGGUUUUGGAACUUUUAGAAAUUGACCCUAUAGAAAAGCAAUUGUACAAGCCAUUUCAUGUUUAUGGAUUUGACGUAUUAAGUGCUGGAAGUUCUUACAGUAAAUUUGGAAGUAUUAUCGGAUUACCAAUUAAUUUUACAUAUUCCAACCCUAACACAAUUGAUAAAUCAAAAAUGAAGAUAAAUGAUGAAUCAAUUGUUUGGGACUCGGAAGCAGCACAAAAUCUUUUAAAUUCUUUAGUUAUAUCAGAAAAUGGACAACUAUAUGCAAUAGCUAGAGAAAUAAAAUAUAGGCAGUCUCCAAAACCAAUACUGGAUACUUUUUUGAGUGUAAACACAGUCUUAAUGGUUUACGGAAUAAGUAAACAAAUAAAUGAAAAAUUCAAUUUCUAUGCCAAACCUUUAGGAUUAAGACUUGCUUUGUAUUCAAUUGUAGGAGUAUUUGGUUUUGGGUUUUAUGCAAUGGCUACAGAUGUUUCUCAGGUUUAUUAUGAAGGACAAAUUGAUAAAGAAUUGAAAGAAAAAAGUGAACUAUUUAUUGACGGGGGCAAAGAAUAUUACAGUAAACUCUUAGAAAGAAAUAAAGCUCUUAGGUAUUUACUUGGAAAGGAAGGAGAAAGACUUUAUAGUGUUCUGGGCAAUGAUAAUUAUUUAUUGAGACAGAAACAUAUUCCACUUGUGCAAAGAAAAACACAUUUUGAAGAAUACACAGCGACUGUAUGAAAAGUGUCUAAAACAGUCACAAACUUUGUUAUUUAUUAGAAAGUAGUUAGUUAAUUUAUAAGGAAAUAUAGUACUUUUUAA